GUCCUGGAGUCUUGACCCGAACUCUGCUCAAUGCAGGUGUUAAAGUGGUAGCUCUAGAAAGUAACUUGGCUUUUCUUCCAAACUUACAGUCCCUAGAGAAUAGCCUGGAUGGACAAUUAAAGGUCAUUUACGGUGACUUCUUCAGACUGGAUCCUUUGGUGGCUGGAAAGUUGAAACCACCUGCUAUGUGUUCUGACAAACUUUUUGAAACCAUGGGUGUAGCAGCAGUUCCUUGGAGAGCAGAUGUACCUGUGAAAAUUUUUGGGAUCUUACCACAAAAAAAGGAAAGGAACACACUUUGGAGGCUUCUUUUUGCCCUGUAUGAAUGCAGUUCCAUUUACAGAUAUGGAAGAGUAGAACUCAACAUCUUUAUAAGUGAAAAAGAGUACAAGGUAUUGACAGCAAAGCCUGGGGAAGGGAGGGCUUACCAAGCACUUACUGUACUUUGGCAAGUAGGAUGUGAAAUUCAGCUACUGCACAUGGAACCUUGGUCAUCAUUUUUAACUAAUUUGAAAAGUGGGGGACUGGCGGUAGCAAAAAGCACGUGGCUGCCAAAUGACCAUUUAUGUUUGGUACGACUGACUCCUCGGCAAAAUUUAUUUACAGAAGGCUUGAAGCCCACAAGUUCAUCUACCUUUAUUUUCAUGGUGAAACAGUGUUUUGCAAAACCCAGGUCUAGACUUACUGAUAGGUUAAAGUCAUGGAGCUUGCACAAUGGUGGCAAAUUACUGAGAGCCCUAGAAAUUCCAAAAAACGCUGAAACACGUAAUUUAUACCCAGAAGAUUAUAGGCGUCUUUUUGAGGCUUUGCAAAACUCUAAUAUGCUUACUGAAACUUGGUUCCAUGAUGAAGUCUUGGAAAGUAUAAGGAACAUAAAUAUAUAA